GUUCUUUUCAUCAGUAGACAAAUGAAUGGUCAUAUCCCUGGGAUAGACUUGGAGUCAGAGAGGAGACUAUCGAGCGAGGAACCCUAACCUGGCAAGAUCCGGCCACAAUCUCUCUCGAUUGGAUUUGGUGGCGGGGACGGAGACGUAGACCAAAGCGUAGUCGCCAUGGACUCGGAACACCACCGAUCGCCGGCGUAUAUUAGGCCAAGCCCUCCCUGUCUCCUAGUCCACAAAUAAACACACGCAAGGCGGGCUCUAGGAUCCGACGGGAUUAAGCGAAGGAAGUCAUGGCAGCAGCGGCGAUUCGAUACGCGGCGAGGAGAAUUGGAGACCGCGCGUUGCUGCCAACGCAGGCUGCGGUGGCUGUCAAGGAGGUGCAGCAGAGCCUCUUGCCGAGGCUAUUCCACAGCGGCAAGCCUGCCUAUGCCCCUCGUAUAUCUCCCUUCUCCAACCCCGGUCGCGGGCGAAGCAGCAACGCCAAGGUGAUCGACCCAGACAAGGCAAAACGCGCGCACCUAGAAGCAAAACUCGUUGAGUACACUAAAAAUGCAGCAUCGUUUGGUCUUACCCAUAUUCUUUUGAUUGCAUUGUUUGGCAACCCGUACACUAAGAACAUAGAUCCAUCACUUGAGUUAUAGUCAUCUCUGUGGGGCGUGUGUUUGUGUGUGUGUAUGCGCAAAAUUCAUGUAACUCUGGUGUGUUUCCUAUAUAUGAAUCUUUGUUUCAUCCUCGUUCCA